AUGGCCGUCGGCUGGUCUACCGACGAGUGGCGCACCGGACGCCGUCUCGUGCAGUUCUGGCGCCGACAGGAAGGCACGACGAUCCAUGCCAUGUGCAAGCCCAUCCUGCCGCAUCAGUACGUGCCCAACUCCAUCGUCGUCUCGUGCAUCUACCGCGCCGACAAGGAUCAGUGCUUCAUCACCUCGGUCGACACGAUCUACCUGCUCGAGGCGCUCGUGGCCAGCCGCUUCACCGUCGAGGAGAAGAACCGUAUCCGGCGCAACCUCGAGGGCUUCCGCCCCAUCACCGUCUCCAAGACGAAGCGCGACACGGACAACGCGGCCUUCUUCAGUCUGAUCAUGUCGUUCCCCAACCCCAAGCCGCGCAACAUCGAGAAGGACGUCAAGGUGUUCCCCUGGCAGUCGCUGGCGCCGGCGCUCAAGAAGAUCAUCGGCAAGUACAGC